GCGAACUCUCCGAUUCGGGCCAUGGCGCGGGCGGGUCCCCCUGAAGUGAUCCGGGCAGCGCAGAAGGACGAGUACUACCUGGGAGGCCUGCGGAGCGCGGCGGGUGAAGCGCUGCACAGCCUAGCGGGUGCAAAGAAAUGGCUGGAAUGGAGGAAAGAGAUCGAGUUGCUCUCUGACAUAGCCUACUUUGGCCUCACCACAAUUGCAGGCUACCAGACCCUUGGAGAGGAGUACGUGGGGAUCAUCCAAGUAGACCCAUCCCGGCAGCGUGUGCCCUCCAGGCUCCGCCGUGGAGUGCUGGUUGCACUACACACUGUCUUGCCCUACCUGCUAGACAAAGCACUGCUGCCCCUGGAGCAGGAGCUGCAAGCUGAUGGCGACGGUCCCCGGGCUUCACAGGGCAGUCUGCUACCUGGAGGACGCGGCCGAUCAGGAGCACGGCGCUGGGUGCGUCACCACGCAGCCACCCUGACUGAACAACAGAGGAAGGCCCUCCAGCGGGCAGUCUUUAUUCUGAGACAGGGCUUCGCCUGCCUCCAUCGGUUCCAUGUGGCUUGGUUUUAUAUUCAUGGUACCUUCUACCACCUGGCCAAGAGACUAGCAGGGAUCACUUACGUAAGUAGCCAUGCCAAGGGGACCGUUAUCCAGGCUGGGAUCCUCUGAGCAGCGUACUUGGGGACCCAUGCUGACAUGAUCACAGCCAAGUGUUCUGCUUCCAAGUUGCAAUAGAAAUUCUAUACUUGGGAAAGAGCGGAGUUUGUUCAGUUGUAUUUUCCAAAAAAGCCCAGGGAAAUCCAGUUUCCACAAACUGAAGAUGGGACAGCAGACUUGGGCACAUGACUGAGUGGACUUUGGUCUGGCCCUCAGUAGAGGGCCUGUGGCUAUGUCCAUUUCACUGUUUGGAGAAGAGGGUGUGGAGUGCAGGUUCUAGCCCAGAGUCUGGCCUUUCCCAUUCAUCCCUGCCAGCAGAGGGCCCUGUUCAUCACCAUCCAGCAGCCCUAACAGAAAGGCAAGAUCUUAGGGUUUGGUCCUAGAGUGAGCACAUCACCUCACUACAGCACUGGCCACAUAACAGUCUGUACUGUCCUUGUUGUUGCCUCUGGCAGUCUCCUGUCUCAACCCUAGCUUCCUACCAGUGCCCUUGUAUCCUGUCACACCAAAGACUUCGCCCUGGUUAUCACCUCCAUGCUUGCCACCUACCUCACCUGUCAGGGAACCAAAUGCCACAUCUCCCUCCAGCCAGUUCGCUCCUCUCACACACACUUAUUAUAGACAGAACCAUAGUCUGGUCUCAGGCCUUAACUUCCGUACUGCCAGAUAAAGCAAAACCUACCCAAGCAGUCAUUUAGUUUAGCAGAUGUGCCUCCCUUCCUAUAGCUGCUGAAUGCUGGGCACUGCAGUAGGGCCUGCAGUUUUCCUGUUCCGGCCCAAGGCAUGAUGUAACCUGGUGUCUUCAUUUCCCUGCCAGUGGGAAGACAGAGUGGAAGACAGCAUAGUUUGUUGUGAUGUGUAUGGCAGUUACACCACUAGCCAGAGCAGAAGCUAGAACAGCAUCCUUGAGGGCCAGAGUGUCAGAGGGAUGGUAUCCGCCUGUCCAGGUCCCCUUACUAUUCUCCACCCUACUCUUCCUUAGGCUCCUUCCCUUCCUCUGAAGUAGUUCCCAGACAGCUCUAGAAUCCUCAUCCAUUUUUCUGGUCCAUCCAGACUCCUGGGUCAGUUCUUGUCUGUGUUGCUAAUGUCUCAAGGUCACCCUAUAACUAGGGUUCCCAGUCACUACUUAAACCCAUCUCCAUUGGUUCUUGCUCUCGGGACACUGCCAGUGGCCAACAGGAGGCCUGGCUGAAUAUAAAACCUCCAGCAGACAAGAGGCCAGGUCCUAAGGGAUCCCAAUAGCCAA